CUUUCUUCCCAAGUUUCUUGUAAUUCACUUGAAAAUUUUCGAAGGUCACAAGUAGUUUCUUGUAAACCACGUUCUUAGGACAUUCCUUUAUAUUAUUGGGUGGGGCCCACACCAAGUUCUAUCUAUAUCAGCGCAAAAUAAAACGAGAGUUCCGCAGCGACAUCGGAGAUCAGAAAAUUCGUUACGGAGAUUUUUGUAUUGAAAAAGCACUAAGAUCAUUCUUUCAUGUCUUUGAAAGCACCAGUUUGAAUCAAUGAACAUGGAACAAAAGAAUUCUCAUGAUAGCUUUGUGGAUCUUGUUUGCCACUAUCAAUUUGAAAAUGGUUCAUCUCAGUUUUUGUUUUUAGAUGUUGAUCAGAAUGAAAAAAAAGGUGGAACUUUCCUUAACCAUUCUCUAAGCUUCUCAAUUGAAAAUUUUGUGCAAACACUUGCUUCAUGCAAGGGCUUGAUUCUCUUGAAUGGUUACAAUAGUGAUGAAUCCUGCUACUAUGUGAUCAAUCCUCUCACAAAACACUCUACUAUGAUCCCUUUACCUUGUAUCCAAGGACAUGUUAUUAGAGUUGGUUUAGCCUCUAAUGAUAGUAACAAUUUUAAAGUUGUGCUUAUUGAGGCAAAAUCUCCCAAAUUGAUCAAUGGACUAGAAUUUCAUAUUUUCUCAUCUGACACUAACAAGUGGAAGAAGGAAAACCAUUCCAUCAAUUUAACUUUGCCUUCUCUGCCAGAAUUCGAGUUUAAAGAACUUUCUACAUCUCCACUUUACUCAAAUGGUGCAAUCCAUUGGGAAAUAUGUGGAUACUUAUUGGUGUAUCAUGUCCAAGAAAACUAUUGUGAGCUAAUUGAGAUGCCUAAUUUUUUUCAAGACUGGUCAUGGCAAUCAACAAUGAUGUAUCGUCGAUGUUUGUGCGAAUCAGGAAACAGUGUUUACUAUUGUUACACUGAUAUUGAUGGUUUCCACAUUUGGGAACUUCUGAAGGAGAAUUAUAAUCUUGGGCCAUUCUGUGAUUCCAAAAAAUUUAGAUGGAGAUUAGUCCAGACUGUAAUGCAUGAAGUUUUUGUCUCAAAUCAUUCCAACUUUUGUGAAGCUUUGUUUGAAUGGGAGCCUUAUAAGAUUGCACCUAUUGCGUAUAGUGAACAAGCACAGAUCAUAUAUUUGCAGCUUCCAGGAGCUGUUGUUGCUUAUAACUUCAAUACAGGAAAUUUGGGAUCAAUUUGCAAAUAUUCAUAUCCAGGUAUGAACUUCAAUUGUUGCUCAUUUCUUUCUUCAAUAAAUUCUGGGAUUCACAAUGUGCAUAAAGGAAGGGACUUGGUGACUGAUGGAGAAAUAAUGGAGCUGAAUUUACCAAUAGGAGAAAUUGAAAAGUUGUCCCUUUGAAUUUUGUUUUGUGUAAUAAUGAUGGUGAUUUUGUUGUCAAUUGAAUCCAGUUAUGCUACUAGCUAUGUCAUAUGUUGUUUGUUAAACAAUUACUAGUAUAUGUGAAUGUAUUUGGAAUUUUAUGCAAUUAGACACUAAUAUCAUAUCUUGUUUUGAUUGUUUGUGUUUA